AUAAGCAGUAACUUAAAAACUCUUCUUGUAGAAUUAUCAUUUUUAUCUUAUCAAGGCCCGUUCACGGAUAACAGUAUUGUUAUGUUGUAAAAUACCUAAACAGCAAAUUAUUUUCAAUUGCUUUAUCGGUGCAGCAGAGUGGUUUUGAAACAAUGACUGACCUAUCUUGGCUUGAAGACUAUGGACAAAAUGACUAUAAAGGCUACGAUAUGUCCUUACUCAAAAUAGACCAAGCUUAUCUUUCAAUAAAUCUUGAAGACCCAACCGCAACAUACAGAAUUUUUCGAAAACAUGUCGAUUGUGUUAAGUGUCCUUUUGUCAAACUGGAAGACUUGGAAACGGAUGACUCUAUUUUAUUAGACAAUACUAGAUUAAUUUUGAAUCAAACCCCAAACAACUUGUACCGGAUAAGCACAACAAAUAGUGAAAUAUUGUACACUUGGGAUAAAUAUGUUUGUGAGUUUGGUGACGAAUUUGGAGAAUUCGGAAUAUACGAAGUGAAUGUAACUAAAGCGAAUCAUUGUAUGGUAAACACAAUCAAAAAUGCAGUAAGCAUAAGUUUUCCUGUUCUUACAGUUUUUCUAAUUUAUUGUGUCCUAUUUUUGGGCGUCUUUGGUCUUGUAUAUUUAUGGAAACACUUUGUGAACAAAAACGAAAUUAAAGAGAAGAAACCCGAAGGGAAAAAACGAGUCAAAUCACUUGACACGUUUCGAGGGAUCAGUAUCGUGAUUAUGAUAUUUGUAAAUUACGGGGCAGGUGGAUACCUAAUUGUGGAUCAUGCGAGUUGGAAUGGUUUACAUAUUGCCGAUUUGGUUUUUCCAUGGUUUAUGUGGAUUAUGGGCGCUUGCACGCCUAUUUCGUUGACUUCAAGUUUUAAGAAACAAAUUUCAAAUACGGACAUUUUUUUGAAUGUCUUGAAGAGAUCGAUAAAAUUAUUCUGUUUGGGCAUAUUUUUGGGUUCAGGACCUACUUUAGAAUGCAUGAGAAUAUUUGGUGUCUUACAAAGAUUUGGGAUAUGUUAUCUUGUAGUCACCACGAUUUGUCUCUUCCUUAUGAAACGGGAAUUUUCCGAAUCAAAACACAAAAUCGGUAAAUUCGUCACCGACAUUUUGAUUUUAUGGAAAGGCUGGAUUGUUGUUUUGGUCAUAUUGUUCGUUCACUGUAUGGUUUUGUUUCUUUUAGCGGACGAAGACUGUCCCCGCGGCUAUUUAGGGCCAGGUGGAUUACACGACAACGGAAAAUAUUUUAAUUGCACAGGGGGAGCCACGGGUUAUAUUGAUGCCGUCAUUUUGGGCAAACACAGGUACCAAAAACCCACAAGCAAAGAAAUUUAUUUGGGAGCCCAAGCGUUUGAUCCUGAGGGAAUUUUAGGGUGUUUAACUUCGAUCGUCCACGUAUUUAUUGGGGUUCAAGCCGGAAUUACUUUAUUAGUGUAUAAAGAACAUUCCGCUCGUUUAAUUCGUUGGUUAUCUUGGAGUGUCUUUGCCGGAAUUAUAGGAGGCGCUCUAUGCGGUUUCAGCAAGGAAGAUGGGGUAAUCCCCGUAAAUAAAAAUCUUUGGUCAAUAUCUUUCGUUUUAGUGACGAGUUGUUUCGCUUUCCUCCUCCUCUCAAUUUGUUACGUACUAAUCGACGUUAAAAACUGGUGGAGUGGCAAACCCUUUCUCUUCGCGGGAAUGAACGCAAUUUUGCUUUACAUUGGCCACCAAAUGACUUACGGCCACAUUCCUGUACGCUGGUUGGUCAAUUGUGAUAAAGACCACGGAACCCAUUUGAUCGCCCUCUUUGAAAAUUUAUGGGGCGCUGGGUUUUGGGUAGUGGUGGCGUACUAUUGGUACAAAAUUAACUAUUUUUUUACGAUAUAACUUUUAGAAAAUUUUAAAUAAAAACAGCAAUUAGUUCUA